CUAUCAUCCUGUUUCCCGUAUCAUAGUAACAGAGCAGAUGUCAGGGCCUGUUGCUAAGGGUUCCCUGGAAUAUUAAUACCUGGGUGUAGAACAGAGGGCUUUCACACGGGGCCUUUGAGGGCUUUGGAAGCACCAGCUUGGUGAUGUGACUCCCCGUGCCUGUCCGGGUGCCCUGAGCCAUGGCUGACACCAUCUUCGGCAGUGGGAAUGAUCAGUGGGUUUGCCCUAACGAUCGGCAGCUUGCGCUGCGAGCCAAGCUGCAGACGGGUUGGUCUGUGCACACCUACCAGACGGAGAAACAGAGGAGGAGCCAGAGCCUCAGCCCGGCAGAGGUGGAGGCCAUCCUGCAGGUCAUCCAGAGGGCGGAGCGGCUCGACGUCAUGGAGCAGCAGAGAAUCGGGCGCCUGGUGGAACGGCUGGAGACCAUGAGGCGGAAUGUGAUGGGGAACGGCCUCUCCCAGUGUCUGCUCUGUGGGGAGGUGCUGGGCUUCCUGGGCAGCUCAUCAGUAUUCUGCAAAGACUGCAGGAAGAAAGUCUGCACCAAAUGUGGGAUCGAGACCUCCCCUGGCCAGAAGCGGCCCCUGUGGCUGUGUAAGAUCUGCAGUGAGCAAAGAGAGGUCUGGAAGAGGUCUGGGGCCUGGUUCUACAAAGGACUCCCCAAGUACAUCCUGCCCCUGAAGACCCCUGGCCGGGCUGACGACCCCCACUUCCGACCUUUGCCUGUGGAGCCGGCAGAGCCAGAACCCAGGAGCACUGAGGCCAGCCGCGUCUACACGUGGGCUCGAGGGAGAGUGGUUUCCAGCGACAGUGACAGUGACUCCGAUCUCAGCUCCUCCAGCCUGGAGGACAGACUCCCACCCACUGGGGUCAGGAACACCAAAGGUGACAAGCUCGUGGGGGAAUCAGGUGGCAGCACGGAGUCCCCUAGGAUGGGGCUGACCCACCCGCCCAGCCUCCUCUCGGGAAGCCAGAGCAGCCUGGCCAGUGAGACUGGGGGGGGCUCUGCAGACCCGCAGGGGGGCGCCCCACCCUGGCCUGAGCCCAAGGGCCCCGGCAAAAGACACCCCCGGGCGAGUCCCCGCUACUGAUGUGGCUUCUGGGACUUGGAUGCAUGGAGCAGACUUUCCAGUGGAAGAUCUUGAGAGAGAGGAAGGAAGCACAAGCCAGGCCUUCCCAGCUCCUUCCUGGCCAGUUCCUGAGCUCUCACCAGCCACCCCAGUGCCA